AUGGGAAAGAAUUCCAGGCUAGAAAAUUGGCUACAGUACAGAGUCAGAGUCACCGUAAGUGACACGAGGUACUUCGUCGGCACCUUCCUCUCCUAUGAUAGGCACAUGAACAUAGUUUUAGUCGAUGCGGAAGAAUUCAGAAGGGUGAAAAGUCAGGAGAAUUCAUCCAAGGAAAUAAAAAGAGUAAUAGGCUUGAUCCUCAUUCGAGGGGAAAACAUUGUCUCCUUUACAGCAGAACGAGCACCUGUGAAUAAAAAAUCGACGGCAAACGUUCUGAACAAAGGAAUGGCCACAGGUAGAGGAAUCCCGAUGAAUAAUUACGUGCCACUUCAAAACAAUUUCAAUCCUAAUAUGCCUAACCCCAUAAGUAAUAUGCCAACGGGAAUGGUCCUCAACGCUGGGACAUCCAAAAAUUUAGCCCCAGGAAUCAACCCAAAUUUUAGGGGUUCCAAUAUGCCCAUGGGAAGUCAACGACCAAUGAUGCCCAUGAACAUACCUAUGAAUCAACCGCUAGGGAAUGUAGGAAAUGACCAACAGAGAUUGAUGCCGCAAAUACCAAGUCAGUUACCAUUCCCCCCUCCCAAUGUGAACUCCCCACCAGAGUAG